CCGAGACAUAAUAAAAUAAUCAUUACCACUUAAUACAGAUGAUACCAAAGAAUAGAUAUUAUGAGAUGGAGUAGAAAAUUAUAUCAGCAACCACAAGUAAAACAUUCAGAUUAAAUUAUGAAACAGUCAUAAAACAUGAAGAUUGUUUGCUUGGACACGGAAUAGAGUUUCAGCUAGUUUACAAAAAACAACAACCAUGAAGUCUGAUAUCAAAUCAAUUUCAGGAGGCAUAUUUACAUGCAAUUGAUUAUUGACAAUGAUAUCAGUCCGCAGAGAAUCAGUCAACUUUCUAUGGUUUUGCUGGCUUUUUCAUUUGAUAGCUGGGUUCUAUAUAGAGGAUGAUAUUGAAGUUAAAGAAGAUGAGGCUGAUGAGCUGGUGAGUGAAGACAAGGUUAUGGAAUAUGGAGCAUUUUGUGAACAAAUGAAUCUGUGCACAACAUGUGAAACAGCAAUAAAAGAUUGCCCGAUAAGGCCUAUCAGCCGUAUAGACACUGCAUGUCUGCUACACGUGGAAUGUCUUUGUAACCUGACAGUGUCCCUAAUAUGGUGGCAGAGGCCGACUACACCAACAAUUACUACAAAUACAAGUACGACAACAAGUCUUGAUACAACUGCCCAACUGUACAAUGAACCGAAGAAAUACACAGAUAAACACUGCUCAUGUUUGGCACCUUUAAUAAAGGCAAUACAAGAACAUACAAUAUGCCAUGACCUGCCACCAUUAAGCUGGGAACGCUCAGAAUGUGAGAUAUAUCGUACUAUAGCCCUGGAGUAUUAUUUCAAUGAACCUUGUGCAUGCUAUAAGCCACCAGAUGAUAACAAUGGUGAUGUACCUCAUACAAUAUCAGAUUUCACAGUUGGGAAUAUAACACAGUGUAAAUGGAUUAAUAUGUCCAACAUGAACAUCAAAAUAGUGAAGGAGGAGGAUUCUAUACCACUAAAGCUAUAAGAAUAUUGAAUCAAAUCAUACAAACAUGUAUAUAAAUGUGAUUGAUAAAAUAAGAAAAUUGACCUAUGUUAUUUAUGAUAAGUGUCUACAAAUAUUAUGGAGAGCAAAAAUUGAGGAGCAAACUGAUUAAAUACACAUCAUCUUAGAGGGCUAGUAGGUGUUAUUCUCAUCCCAUAUAACCCUUUCACAUUUGCAUUCAUAAUGGUAUUACAGUGUAUACGUAACAGAAGCAAUAUACUUGGAUGGCAAACUUGCUUCCUGUAAUUAUCGAGGCUUGAAAUAAACUGUUCACAUAGAAAGAGAAUAAACUGCUUUUAAAAC